AUCGAAACCUUUGAAUUUUGCUUCCAUUCUGUGGUCGUAAUGAAAGAGGCUACUUUAGCCAUUAACAGGGGCUUAGGUUAGUAAUACCACAGAUCGGUGCAUAAAGGUGACCCACGUUAAUAUAAUGCAAACAAACGAGACGAAGAAGAAUAUGUAAAAUUUUUCUAAUCCGUGGGGUAUAAUAAAAAUAUUCAUACUCAUUAAAAUUUUAAUACUUUAAAAACAAUAAAUACUAAGCAGAUAGCAAUGCUCCUACUCUGUUUAUAAUGUUCAUAAUUUUUUCUGAAAAAAACCUUUUUCUCACUCAAUCUAUACAAAUCCGCAUAAGAAAUCUCUGCCACGUCCUUUAGAGAAACCAUUGCCACUUCUUAUUAAUCCACUCAAAGUUUUUCUCAAAUUGUCCUUUUUUUCUUUGACAUGACCAUUUCAUACCAAAGGGCAAUCUUAUGACGAUAAGAACUGUUUUUUGAAAUUUCAUUUUUCUUGAAAUAUUUGUUGUUGAUUAUUGAUUUUUCCUAAUGUUUUGAUUUACAAUGAAGCAAAGCUAAAUGCGACAAUUUUGUCUGUAGCAUAGUGCAGCGAGGGCAAUUGGAAAAAUCACCCCUCUCACUAACAGCAGCAUCGCAAAGAGGGAACUUCUUUGACCGAUAUGGAAUCCCAGCUAGUAAACAAUGAAGAGAUAUGUUUUUGCCCAAAUCAAUUGGUAAACCUCUUGCACCAUUCUCAUACAUUCAAAUUGACCGUUCAACGAAAACUACUUUGUUUCUUAUGUGAAUUUGAUCUCUAGCGAUAUGUAAAGGAUUCGCAAAAAAAAUUGUCAUUUUAAGGAUGAAAAAAGUUUAAACAAGAAUAUGUUGAGCUUUUUGUGCCAAAACAGCUUGCUAGGUGCUGAUUUACCUCAAAAAACUCUUGCAAUCUUGUGUAUUUUUACUCAUUGUUACAUAAAUUUAAAAAGCUUUCAAGUUCAACAGUAGAUUUCUCGCUUGCAUCUCAUACUCUUGAGAAUAAAAAUUCGGGAUGAAUUUUUUAACAUGCGUAUAGUUCGAGUUCUGAAGUAAUCUUGCGUGGUAGUUGUUUUUAAGCCUCUUUAAAACAGAAUCAAGUUUUCAGACAAUCCGCUAGAAAUUUAGAACUUUCAAUUUUUGCAGUAAAAGUCAAGUCGUAUUGAGGUUUUCUUCUCCGGACACCGGUUUCUAGAGCAUAUGGAAUAUUGAGCAUCAAUUACUUGUGCAGGUGUCAAUGCUCAUACGUUGAUGUGUCUUAUAUAAAAGGAGCGACAGAGAGAAAAGUCACUUGAGCAGUAAGGCGAUAUAUGUGCGGUAAAUCAAUUGAUGAAGAAAUUUCAAAGGCACUCCGGCAGCAGCAGCUUUCUUUUGUUGUACAUUGAAUUUCCGUACCCAGAAAGAUAUUGCUGAAAUGAACGUGACGCUGAGCUCUGGCAUCAAUUCAACGAACAACCAAACUUCUCUUGGUCAAUGCAAUGGAUGGAAAACAGUGAAAUUCGACAGAACUACAAGCGUUGUUAUAACGAUUAUAGCAACAUGCCUACUUAACUGUAUAUUUGCAUUAUUUGCUAUUGCAAGCAAUUCACUGUCCCUUGUGGCUCUGUACCGCAAGACCUCCUCGAGAACGCCAGCAAACCUAAUCAUCACAAGCAUGUCAAUCUCUGAUUUCCUUGUUGGACUCUUGGUGCAAACAAUUUAUGUCAUUCUUCGGUUGCAAGAGCUCGGAAACAUACACCUGUGUCUUUUGAAGAGAUUCUUUGCGUUUGUUGGUUAUUUUUGCAGUGGAGUUUCCAUGCUCACCAUACUUUCUUUCAGCCUUGACAGGUAUUUUGCAGUUUGUUUCCCAUACCGAUACAUUGCCGAUACAAUCCAUGUAAAGUAUGCAGCUUGGGUAAUUUUUUACUGGAUUUCUUGGUUGGCAUACACUCUACUUCCUUUUGCUGGUGUCAUCAGCCCAAAAAGGUUCCAUUUCUCCUUAUCAAUCGUCAUGUGCUUGUCAAUUUCUAUUUCAGUUAUAUGCUACCUAAAAAUAUAUACGGUCAUACGACGCCACCAACGUAAGAUUUGUGCGAGUAUUCCUGCACCAAUCAUCGAGCCAAGUGACACUCAAAAUGUCAGAAAAAAAAAGUGUGACCUAAUGUGGUUGAAGUUGCAGCGUCGAAAGUCUUUUACAACACUGGUCAUUGUUUGUACCUUUGUUGCCUGCUUCAUUCCAAAGAUAAUUACGCUCGUGGCAAACUUGCUUCUUGGGGACACUCUUGAUGUGCUUUACGUUAGUGGAAAAUGGUCAGACACUGUAAUAUUCAUAAAUAGCUCCCUAAAUCCAAUAAUAUACGUUAUAAGGUUGGAAGAAAUACGUCAAGAGAUCAUUGCUAUCUUAAAAAAUAUGAGAAGUAAAAUUCUCAGACCUGCAGACUGCUUUCAUUAAAGAAGAUUCGUGGCCAUUGUUCAUUCCCUAUUCUUUCUGCUGACAAUGUUCUUCUUCAAUUGAAAGCAUACUUGCAGUUGAGCGAAUAGUCCUUAAAGACAGUAAUUCCUCACCAUGAUUGUUUAGUUCUGACUGGAAUGCCUCGCCUUAAAAAAGAGGGUUUUUCUUUGCCUUUUAAGCAACCGCGAUUUGUUAUUGUGGAUGAGCACGACAAAAUAAUGCUAAUUUCUAAAUCAUCGAGACUGACCUACACGUUUGAAACCAAAACAAACUGCACAGUAACUCGCUAAAGAAGAGUACACUAUGCUGGUUCUUCAUGCUGAUUGCUUGCUUGUGCAUUAAACCGACGAUGCAUGAAUAUCAUUGCCAUGAAAGGAGAUUCUGAGGACAAUGGGGGAUAGACUGCCUUUAACCAGGGUGCAGUGACCCCUCUAGCCCCAGUGAUUUUACAUUUUUGAAAAAUAAUAGGCUAUUAUCUUUAUGUUUUUAUGACAAAAGCUUACCCCUCAGUUUAUUUACUCUCGAAAAGACUUUAUAGCAAUUCGCAGAUACUUGGAUGUAUGGUACGCACUAUCUCUGUGGCAUUGAUAGUUUUUCUUACACCUGUUAAGCUGAAACUUGGCUGCAAAGAAGUGUUUUUGCCAAUACAAAAGAGCUGUAGAUCCUUGGAACAAUUGUUUGCAUCCUUUUAAGAUAUCAAACUGCAAUACUAACUUGAAGCUUAUUUCAACACUAGACCUAUAAUGUAAAAGCUUUUCAUUG